AUGGAUGAGCUGUGGAAGGACAUGUCGCUGUGCUCCACCCCGGUGGCGCUACAGUCGUACCACCUCCACUCGCCGGCCGCUCAUCCCUACCGCGGCGCCGUGUACCUGCAGGACUACCUCGCCGGCGCCAACUCGGUGCCGCAGCCGCCCCGCACGCCGCCUCCUCCACCUCCUCACACGGCGCUCAGCCUCGAGUUCACCAACCUCGGGGGCGCCACCUCGGCCGCCAGCUCCGGCGACGACCCUGUCCACUUCGGCUUCUCUCUCUCCGGAGGCAACAACAGUAGGAGGAGAUCAGCCGUCCUGCAGCCGGCCGCGGUGGGUGGCGACCGGCGGCAGCGUCGGAUGAUCAAGAACCGGGAGUCGGCGGCGCGGUCGCGGGCGCGGAAGCAGGCCUACACCAACGAGCUGGAGCUGGAGCUGGAGCAGCUGCGUCGGGAGAACAAGAUGCUCAUCCAGUGCGAGAAGGACUUCAUCAACGAUCGUCAGGCCAAGGCGGCGCAGUUAGCCGUCCCCGACCGCCGGAGCGGUAGGAGCACUGCUACUAGCCUCCAGCAGAAGCAGCAGCAUGAACAGAGGUGCCGCUCGGCCCCUCCACCGUGA